ACGAGAAUCGGGCCCAACCAGUCUUAAUCAGAGUACACGAAGAUCUUUUUUUUCCCUUUCCUCUUCAGAGGUACGCUGGGCCUGCUCUCUCCUCUCUCUUUCUCUUUCUCUGCCCGUGCAAUCAUCGAGAUCAUGAAGUUCGCCCCGAUCUUGUUGCUUGUCGCAGCGAUCGUUUUCGCCGCCGAAGAGAAGAAGGAGGAAGAACGUCCAAAAACGUUUAGAAGACUCAUACCUGCUGACGUUCUUCGCGAUUUCCCCGGUAUGUGCUUCGCUUCAACAAGAUGCGCCACAAUCGAACCAACGAAAUCCUGGGACCUGACACCAUUCUGCGGUCGUUCUACUUGUGUGCCAGCUGAUGAUAAUUCCGGUCGUCUUUUUGAACUCGUCGAGGACUGCGGACCGCUCCCAAAGGCUAAUCCGAAAUGCAAACUGUCAGACAAAACUAACAAGACCGCCCUGUUCCCUGACUGUUGUCCCAUCUUCGAAUGCGAGGAAGGAGCAAAACUCGAAUAUCCGGAAAUUCCAACCUUGCCACCGCCCACGGAAAUCGUAGAAACCGAGAAAACCCCGGAAGAGGCUCCAACGAAGGCUUAAACUCUAAAUCGAAAGGAAGAUAUUAAAAAAAAAAGAAAAAAACAACAAAAUAUACAGACCAUGACCUUUGCAAGCUAGAUUAAACGGUUGAUUAAAAAGUAAAAAUCGUAGAUCUGUUUAUCGACAAUGAUUUCGAUAACUGAAACAGAUAAAAGUAAAGCAUUCGAAAAAAAAAAACAAUAAUGCUUUUACACAAAACCCGCCGUUUCAUCACAAAAAGGUCGUACACUGCAACAUCCUGUUACUCUUCAACGCAACCUCAGCUUAAUGUAAAACUAAAAUUACCCACUGUAUAUAAAUUCAGGACUUACUCGAGCAACUUGCUACAAAAUUACAAAACACACAUCACAUAGAUAAAUUAUACGUGUGUGUGUAUGUGUGUAAGUAAUAUCUAUAUGAAAAUAUUAAGUCUCUUCAGUCUCCUAGUCCCGGAAACCGAGAUUUAGAUACUCCUCCUACAUCCGUUUUGUUGCUCCAUUUUGCAAACAGUAAUCUUCACGUAGAAAAUUAAUUCUUUCUUUUUCUCUCUUCUUCCAAAAGUAGAAAGUUCUGCGUAUGUAAUGUAAAAACACGUGUGACUGUAAUUAUAUGUGAUUAAAUUAAUAUCUAUUUAAUUCA